GCGCCGGCGGAGCUUGGCCAGGGCCACUUUCCCGCCUUGUCCUGCUCGUCGGGAGGUCGAGAAGCCCCUCGGGUUCUCCCCAGGGAAGAGGAAUGGGCGGGCUGUCGGCGGCGGGGACCGAGUUUACCCGGAGCCCCUGAACAAGGCAGCGACAGCGGCGACAAUGGCACUCCGCCCCGGCACGGCGCUGCUGCUCAUCGCGCUGGGGUACCUGCUCAAGACUGCAGAAACUCAGUGUGAAAAUAUUUAUCAAGAUUUCUCUGGCUGCAUCUUAAAAUUAGGAGAGAACAUGGCCAGAUAUGAAGAAGAAGCUGCAGAAGACAAAGAAAAUCAGAGUCUGCUGCAAGGAUUGCAGGUUGUUUGUGGAUAUUGGAAUGAAUUUCACAGUUGUGCGAUGGCUACACUUUGGGUGUGCCAGAAGGAGAUGGUGACUGUCUGGGAAAAGUUGAAAAAGGAAUCUAGAAAAAUCAAAUUUGAAGGCAAUCUUUUUGACCUCUGCAUCUCCAGUAACUACCAGAAUUUAUGUUCAACACAGAUCCCAACCCUUUUUUUGUUAGGCAUCACUCUGAUGCUCAUUUGGCUCAAUUUAUGAAGGCAUCAGCUCUGCAGUUUCGUACAAAUGGACAUAUAUUUCUUUCUCUUAAUAUUUGGUAAAUAUUGUUUGUGGCUUUUGUUUGCUUCUUUAGUGAGUACUUGAUUGUGGGUAACAGAAUUUCCUAACAUUUACUUUUUCUAGUGAAACCAAUUAUUAAUUUGGCAAGUGCUCCAACUGAAUUUUGAUUAUCUGAAGUUAUGCAUGCCUUAAGGAUCUCAGAAUUAAAUUACUAAAGUGGCUUCCGUAGGAAAUUGUGGCAGAAGUGGAAUGGUGUCACUAGAUUUUGUCUCUUGGCCUGCUAAUUAGGGUGUGCUCUGAUAAGCCUUCCACUUACAAUUGUUGUAUUGACUUCUACAUCUAAAGAACUUUCUAGCAGCUUUCUUUUUGUAUAUAGUGUAAACAUAGUAAUUUCUAGAUUACACUUUUAGGACAGAAAAUACUGGGGAACUCAAGAGGGUAGCAUGAGGCUUUAGAAGAACUGGAUUCUCUCAGCAAAACAAAUGCUGGUUUCAUUAUGUCCCUGAAAUGAGCUCCCCAAAAUGUCCAAAGGAAGAUCAAAGUGCUGGUAACAGACUGAUGACUGACAUGUUAUAGCAGUAUUUGAAGGAAUGUAUCAUGUUGGCUUAUGACUUCAGAACUCAGAACUAAAUAUGGUUAAUAGAAUCCCUGAGGUAGCUUAAGGGAGAACAUCUGAACCCUUAUUUAUAUAUAUUUACAAGGAAUAAAGCUGUGAUACCCUCUUUCCCCCAUUCUUGACAACCAG